AUGAAGUCACCUAGUUUGUCCUUCAUAGUAUUAGUGUUAAUAGUGUUGAAUUUUUGUCUUAUACACAAUACAUCUGCUACCACCGAAAAUGAGAUCAUUAUUCCGCAAUAUUGGAUAAAUACAAAAAUUAUUCGUACGAUAGACAUAUCAACGGUUGUCGUGAGAGAAAAUAUUGCAAUUAUGGCCAAAAAUGUUCAUAAUGAACCGUUGAGAGAAUAUUACUUUCCAAUAAAUGAAAAGUUUGAUGUUCAUUUAUCCUAUAUCACAGUUAAAGAGAAAAAGACCUUAAAAAUUUAUAAUGUCGAGAAGGCUGAUUUUGAUUCCUUCAAGCGUAUUCAAUUUUAUAAAAUAACCUUUGAUCAAGAUAUCGAUCCUCAAGGAAAAAUUAUAUUUACCGUGUCAACAGCUUUCAUUCAUAUGUUGACACCAUAUCCAGCUGAGAUUCCACAAUCGGGAAGACAAAAUUUAUUAUUUCGUGAAAAUCUUUAUGGAAAUAGUGUUUACAUUACUGAACAACAAAAAACCACUAUAAACUACACCCAAAAACCGGGUGUGAGUCGUGAUGGUAAAAAGAUUAUAUAUGUAUUCGAUAAAAAAAAACCUGAUGACUAUGAAGAACUUUUAGUUCAUUAUGAAUUUCAACAGGCAUUAUUAACAAUCAAAGGUGCAAGACGGGAUUUUGAAAUUAGUCAUUGGGGUAAUAAUUUAGCAGUUGAAGAACAUUAUAAUUUAACUCAUGAUGGAGCAAAACUUAAGGGACAAUUUUCUCGCCUGGAAUACCAACAAACUGUCUAUACACAUCACGAAACUACAAUGGCUCGUGACUUUUUAUUGGUUUUACCAGGUCACGCUUCGGAUGUAUAUUAUAGAGAUGAAAUUGGCAAUGUAUCAACUUCUCGUUUAAGAAAGGAACGAGAGAGAACUAUUUUGGAAUUCAAGCCACGCUAUCCAUUACUUGGUGGAUGGAAUUAUACAUGGUAUUAUGGAUAUAAUGUUCCUCUCGGAGAAUUUUUGAAAUAUAAUCAUCAAACUGGAAGAUACAUUUUUAAGGUACCUUCUUUUAUUAAUCCAUUUCAUAAUGCGGUUUUUGAUAAGGUGCAAGUUAGAAUUAUUUUGCCGGAAGAAACUCAUACCGUCCAUAAGACAUUUUUUGACUCUAAAGGACGAUAUCUUAUUGUUCUUGAUAAAUAUAAUGUAAUUCAAGAACAUUCAAGCCCUUUUCUGGUUUCUUAUGAAUAUGAUACUAUAGAAUUAUUGAGGAAGCCAUUAGUAGCUUCAACUUUCUUUUUCUGUGGAUUUUUGUUAAGCAUGGUGUAUUCUAGAAUGGAAUUUAGAAUUGGAAAAUAA